AUGCCCCGCGCCGCCCCCCGGUGGCCGCUGCUCCUGCCGCUGCUGCUGCUCUUGCUGCUGCCGCCGCCGCCGCCGCUCGCCCGCGGCGCCCCGGCCCGGCCCGGCGCCCAGGGGCAGGCCUCGGAGCUGGUGGAGCCCACGCGGUUGCCGGGCAGCGCGGGCGAGCUCGCGUUCCACCUGUCCGCCUUCGGCAAGGGCUUCGUGCUGCGCCUGGAGCCCGACGCCAGCUUCCUGGCGCCCGAGUUCAAGAUCGAGCGCCUCGGGGGCUCCGGCCCAGCGGCCGGGGGCGAGCGGGAGCUGCGCGACUGCUUCUUCUCUGGCACGGUGAAUGGGGAGCCCGAGUCGCUGGUGGCCGUCAGCCUGUGCCGCGGGCUGAGCGGCUCCUUCCUGCUGGACGGCGAGGAGUUCACCAUCCAGCCGCAGGGCGCAGGGGGCUCCCUGCGCCAGCCGCACCGCCUGCAGCGCUGGGGGCAUGGGGCGCGCCGUGAGACCCCCGGGCUCGCCGCCUCUGAAGCCCACCCCCUCCCCGGAGGACCUGAGUGGGAGGUGAAGGGAGAGGAUCAGAGGCGGGAGAGAGGAGACGAGGAGCGGGAGAGCGAAGAGGAAGGGGGCAAAGAAGAGGAGGCAGAAGGCGCCAGCGAGCUGCCACCACCCCUAGGGGCCACAAGUAGGACCAAGCGGUUUGUGUCUGAGGCUCGCUUCGUGGAAACGCUGCUGGUGGCCGAUGCGUCCAUGGCUGCCUUCUAUGGAGCCGACCUACAGAACCACAUCCUGACGCUGAUGUCCGUGGCGGCCCGUAUCUACAAGCACCCCAGCAUUAAAAACGCCAUCCACCUCACGGUGGUAAAAGUGCUGAUCGUGGAGGAUGAAAAGUGGGGCCCAGAAGUGUCUGACAAUGGGGGGCUCACCCUGCGCAACUUCUGCAGCUGGCAGCGGCGUUUCAACCAGCCCAGUGACCGGCACCCAGAACACUUCGACACGGCCAUUCUGCUCACCAGACAGAACUUCUGUGGGAAGGAGGGGAUGUGUGAUACCCUGGGUGUGGCGGACAUUGGCACAAUCUGCGACCCCAACAAGAGCUGCUCUGUGAUUGAGGACGAGGGGCUCCAGGCAGCCUACACCCUGGCCCACGAGCUCGGGCACGUCCUCAGCAUGCCACACGAUGACUCCAAACCCUGUGCACGGCUCUUUGGGCCCAUGGGUAAACACCACAUGAUGGCGCCCCUCUUCGUCCACCUGAACAAGACACUGCCCUGGUCUCCCUGCAGUGCCAUGUACCUCACAGAGCUCCUGGACGGGGGUCACGGAGACUGUCUCCUGGAUGCCCCCACCUCGGCCCUGCCCCUCCCGACAGACCUGCCAGGCCGCAGGGCCCUCUAUGAGCUGGACCAGCAGUGCAAGCAGAUCUUUGGGCUGGGUUUCCGCCACUGCCCCAACACCUCAGCACAGGACGUCUGCGCCCAGCUCUGGUGCCACAUGGAUGGCGCCGAGCCCCUUUGCCACACGAAGAACGGCAGUCUGCCAUGGGCGGACGGGACGCCCUGUGGGCCUGGGCACCUCUGCUGGGAUGGCAGCUGUCUGCCUGAGGAGGAAGUGGACAGGCCCAAGGCUGUGGUGGAUGGAGGCUGGGCCCCAUGGGGACCCUGGGGAGAAUGCUCCCGGACCUGUGGAGGAGGAGUUCAAUUUUCACACCGUGAGUGCAAGGAUCCUGAGCCUCAGAAUGGAGGAAGAUACUGCCUGGGUCGGAGAGCCAAGUAUCAGUCAUGCCACACAGAGGAAUGCCCCCCUGACGGGAAAAGCUUCAGGGAGCAGCAGUGUGAGAAGUAUAAUGCCUACAAUUACACUGACAUGGAUGGGAACCUCCUACAGUGGGUCCCCAAGUAUGCAGGGGUGUCCCCCCGGGACCGCUGCAAGUUGUUCUGCCGAGCCCGGGGAAGGAGUGAAUUCAAAGUGUUCGAGGCCAAGGUGAUCGAUGGCACCCUGUGUGGACCAGAGACUCUGGCCAUCUGCGUCCGUGGCCAGUGUGUCAAGGCUGGCUGUGACCACGUGGUGGACUCGCCUAGAAAGCUGGACAAAUGUGGGGUGUGUGGGGGCAAAGGCAAUUCAUGCAGGAAGGUGUCUGGUUCCCUCAACCCCUCCAGUUAUGGCUACAAUGACAUUGUGACCAUCCCGGCUGGUGCCACUAACAUUGAUGUGAAACAACGGAGCCACCCGGGGGUCCAGAACGAUGGCAACUACCUGGCGCUGAAGACGGCCGAUGGGCAGUACCUGCUUAACGGGAACCUGGCCAUCUCUGCCAUAGAGCAGGACAUCUUGGUGAAGGGGACCAUCCUUAAAUACAGCGGUUCCAUUGCCACCCUGGAGCGGCUACAGAGCUUCCGGCCCCUGCCCGAGCCUCUGACCGUGCAGCUCCUGACUGUCCCUGGUGAGGUCUUUCCCCCCAAAGUCAAGUAUACCUUCUUUGUUCCUAAUGACGUGAACUUCAGUACACAGACCAGCAAGGAGAGAGCGACCACCAACGUCAUCCAGCCCUUGCUCAACGCACAGUGGGUCCUGGGGGACUGGUCUGAGUGCUCCAGCAGUUGUGGAGCCGGCUGGCAGCGGCGGACAGUGGAGUGCCGGGACCCCAGCGGCCAGGCCUCCACCACCUGCAGUGAAGCUCUGAAACCUGAGGAUACCAAGCCCUGUGGAAGCCAGCCCUGCCUGCUGUGAUCCUGGGCAGGGUGGGGGAUGGUCUCGUGCUCAUGGACUCGGGGUGCUGAGGCACAGACCAGGGUACCCACUGCAGGGACCCUACUUGUGGAGGUGGCAUGGUCUCCCCAGGCCUGUCAUUGCCACAGCCCUUCCAUGUGGCAUGAAUUCCUAAUGGGGAGACGAGGAUGUGGACGACAGAUCCUAAAGUCUACUAUCUGGCAGGUUGGACCUAGUGUGGGUUUGGGUAGAGGGUAUAGGUUAAAAGGUAAAAAAAAAUGCGCUUAUUGACCCAAACAGGAGACUCAGCCUGUUUGCAAAGGACUAGCAGAGUCAAAUGAAAAAAAAAAGUUUUCCUAUUUGGUUUCCCCGAUAAAUAAUCUACCUCAGAGGGGAAAAAACCUUAGUAAAAGAGAGGUGCAGAGUGGGGAGGAUAAUGAUGAAUGUCAAAGUGCCCUAGCUGCGCCCCCAAACGGUCUUCAGAAGUGACCGUGACUGUCCUCGGCAUUCAGCUCCAUGGCCGCAGGGGCUGCAGAGCUGCAGGACUGUGGCGAGCCGUGGGUUCUCAGGCCUCCACCUGCAGGAGUGGAUCCAUUUCAAGUAUUUAUGCAAAUGUGUCUCUGAACUAAAGUGUGAUCUUGUGCCAAGGCA